AUGGCAUCAUCCUGUCUACAGAUCUGUGCAUUGCUGCUGGCUUUAGCAGGAUUCACUACAUCACUUGUUACUACCAUGUCCAGCAGUUGGAAAGUUUUGGACUCCACAACAGAGCUGGUUACUGCAGACUGGGUUUCUGAAGGUCUUUGGAUGGACUGUGCAGCAACUGCUGUUGGAUCAGUACAAUGCAAGAAAUUUCUCUACAUGCUGAGUUCAGACCCUCACAUUCAGGCCUGCCGUGCCCUGAUGAUUACUUCCAUCCUUUUGGGAUUCUUAGCUGCAGUACUCACACUGCUUGGUAUGAAGUGCACAAACAUUGGGUUGAGUGAUGAAGAUGGAAAAAUGAAGUUUACGGUCACAGGAGGAUUCCUUUUUAUUUUAGGAGGCCUCUGCUCCAUGGUGGCUAUUUCUUGGUAUGCUGCAAUGGUUACUGCUCAGUUUUUUGACCAACUGUACGCUGGAACCAAGUAUGAACUAGGAGAAGGUCUGUACUUAGGCUGGACUGGAUCUAUCCUUUAUAUACUUGGUGGGAUCUUACUGACCUGUUCAUGCAGAGGGAAGGAGAAACAGAAUUACAGUCCCAAGAAGUAUGCAUAUUCAGCAGCCCAGGCACCUUCUCAGCCACACAUGUACCCCAGGAACUCUGAGACUGUCAUAAGCAACAAGGAGUAUGUCUGA